AUGGAUUUUGAGAUGGCCAUUGUGCCGAAAAAUUUCGAGCGUGGAAAUACGAGCACGAUCGAUAAAGAUGAUGAUGAUGAUGAUCGUUUUACGACAAAUAUGAGUCGUAAGUUGCAGCCGAGACCCCCUCCAUUUCUUACCAAGACUUUCGAUAUGGUUAACGAUCCCGAAACAAACUCGUACAUAACGUGGAACUCGACUGGCUCGGGUUUCAUAAUAUGGGACCACAACAAGUUCUCGGCUCACGUUCUCCCGACCGUUUUCAAGACCAGCAAUUUCUCCAGCUUCGUCUACCAGCUCAACAGCUAUGGAUUUAGAAAGAUAAGUUGGGAGAGAUAUGAAUAUGCAAAUCAAUGGUUCCAAGCUGGGAAAAGGCAUUGGCUGAAAAACAUCAAGAGAAGGAACCAACUCUCAGACUGGGCCCACCACACAGGGGAAGGAAAAAAGCGUCGAGUUCAUCAUAAGUCGACACAUGUCACAAUCGAGGCGAAGCUAGACAACCUCAUAACCGAGCAAAACGACAUGAGAAGAAAGAUCCAGAAGCUCGGCCGUACGAUGAUCGACAUGGAAAGCCAGCUGGCGGGCCUCGAAAUGCCGAGAUUUCAAGAACUCGAAAACGAGAAAAUCGACACGGAGUUAUUCCUCAAGCGCUUCAUGGAGUAUCUAGGAAAAAACGAGAAGCUCGAGAAAGGUACAAGUUCGGGAGGUGAAGGUACAGCCGAGCAAGCAGAAGAGAACAAAGAGAGAUCAAUAAUCCCUGUUGAGAACCCAGAGAAGUGCAUUAAAGAUCCAAAGGUCGGAAAAGAUGCAGAAAAUGAGGAAAAUAUUCAGUGUUGGACGAAAAUGAUGGAAAAUGAUGGAGGGUUCGAGUCGAACAAGGGGAAUAAUGGGGAUUUGGCUGAUAUCCAUUCGAAAGUGAUGAUGGAGUUUGACGAGAUGAUGGAAUCGAGUGCAGCUGUUGGGGAGGAAAUUAUGAUCGUUAACUCUAAGCCGAGCAAUUUGGAUGGGGAAGACGAAGGCCACAUCGACCUGUGGAUAAUUUGA